UCAUUCUCAGGUCACUUAAGAAGACAUGUGGCCACCUAAUGAAGUUGGGAUGCUGUCACCACAGAUGGUCAUCUCCUGUACUGUGUCCGCAGUCUCUGGUCAUCCCCUGUACGGUGUCCGCAGUCUCUGGUCAUCUCCUGUACGGUGUCCGCAGUCUCUGGUCAUCUCCUGCACUGUGUCCGCAGUCUCUGGUCAUCUCCUGCACUGUGUCCGCAGUCUCUGGUCAUCCCCUGUACUGUGUCCGCAGUCUCUGGUCAUCCCCUGUACUGUGUCCGCAGUCUCUGGUCAUCCCCUGUACUGUGUCCGCAGUCUCUGGUCAUCCCCUGUACUGUGUCCGCAGUCUCUGGUCAUCCCCUGUACUGUGUCCGCAGUCUCUGGUCAUCCCCUGUACUGUGUCCGCAGUCUCUGGUCAUCCCCUGUACUGUGUCCGCAGUCUCUGGUCAUCCCCUGUACUGUGUCCGCAGUCUCUGGUCAUCCCCUGUACGGUGUCCGCAGUCUCUGGUCAUCCCCUGUACGGUGUCCGCAGUCUCUGGUAAUCCCC